UAACAUCAUCCAGACAGCGAGAAGAUGAGCAAUGGCAAUAGAAAACAAACCUAGGGAGGAAUUUGACACAGUUUUCAGUCGAAAUGACUCCUUGGAGCUCUCCUCUCACCACGACCACGACCCGGCGCACGCUCGGAUAUUUAAAAUCAUAGUUAUCGGAGAUUCAAACGUGGGGAAAACGUGUCUGACUUACCGGUUCUGCGGGGGCACUUUCCUGAAGAACCCGGAGGCAACUAUCGGGGUCGAUUUCAGAGAGAGGACGGUGGAGCUGGAUGGAGAAAGCAUCAAGCUGCAGAUCUGGGACACGGCAGGUCAGGAGCGCUUCAGGAAGAGCAUGGUGGAGCACUACUACCGCAGCGUUCAUGCCGUCAUCUUUGUGUACGACGUGACCAGCCUGUCCUCCUUCAAGAGCGUCCCCGAGUGGAUUGAAGAGUGCAGCCGACACUGUGUGGGGCCUCUGGUGCCUCGCAUCAUGGUGGGGAACAAGUGCGACCUGAGGGACCGCCGGGAGGUGCCCACAUCGGCCGCACAGUGUCUCGCUGACAGCUACAAUUUCCCGCUGUUUGAGACUUCGGCCAAGGACCCUGCUGAGAAGGAACAUGUCGAUGCGAUCUUUCUGACUUUGGCUUACAGGCUGAAGAGCCACAAACCGCUGAGACUGAAGCAGCCAAGUCAGACCGAUGUCAGGCAUCUGUGGAACCAGAAAGAGCAGGAAUCAGCAAGUUGUCAUUGCUGAGGUCACCUAGCCCUAUAUCUGUGUACUCAUUGUGUAUGAAGGCCACUUCAGCCUUGAGGAGGAAUAAUGGUGCUGAGAAAAGCACUGUUGAACAGAGCUUCCCAUCACUAAGACUAAAUGCAGAAAUUCCUCUUGUGUUUGUAGGGUAGACAGGACAGAAGCUUCCUGUUUUACCGUUUCUCCUGUCUGAUAGAAGGGCCAGCUAGUGACAGGAUUGGCCUUUAAGUUUGCACAUUAUUGAACCAACAUUUCAGUGAAAUGCAUGAAUGGAUAUGAAAGUAUGCCAAGUAUUUGUAGCUUAAACUGCACAUAAAAUCACUUUGAGUCAGCAAAUAGAGCAUUGCAACGUGCACUUUAGCAUAUAAGUCAUAAUACAUGAUAUGCAUCGAUCGAUAGCAUAGCAGCAUUACAGCACUAUAAUGCAUCUACGGAGCUCAAUGCAGGCAGUGAGUUGAAAGAAAAAUAAAUUUUUAUGUGUGUAAAGGGACCAAUAAGAUACACUGAUACUGUGAAAAAAAAAAUGCAAUCGAUUUGUUAAAGUGAUAUUUUUGCUCUUAAGAAAAAUAUACCUUCUGCAGUGUUUAUGCUCAUUUCCAUACACAGUUCUUCGGAGACAGCCCUGUCAAAACCAGUAACACAAGUGACAAAAUUUAGUUGUCUGUUGACAACAUGCAAAUCCACUUAGUUCACUUGAAAAGCAUGGCUGAGUACAAACUCAUCGGUCCGCAAAGUUGAGAAAAAUAAUCCCAACCAACUGAUAAAUAUGUUGCAUGUGUACAAAAAUGCACACACUUUGGAAAAUGUAGGGAGGUCUGUGACAAUGUAAAGCUGCAAAUCAAUAAAAAAAAAGGUUUUGUCUGUAUCAUAAUUUCA